CUUGCAUGAGAGGAGUGUGAAGCGGUGAAAACUGACUGCCAAAAGAUGUCACACCAAACUGGAAUUAAUGCAACAUCUGAGCUGAAAGAGUUUCUGGCCCGAGCGAGGGGAGGUGCCAUCAGAAUAAUGAAGAUUGUCAUCAGAAAUGAGGAGUUGGUGCUCGAUUCAUACAGAGAGCCUGCACACAGCUGGGACAAAGACUAUGAUCACUCCCUGCUUCCUCUGCUCACGCCUCAGGAGCCGUGCUACAUCCUCUAUCGUCUGGAUUCCCAGAAUGCACAGGGAUAUGAGUGGAUCUUCAUCGCCUGGUCACCUGACCAAUCACCAGUGAGGCAAAAGAUGAUGUACGCAGCAACUCGUGCCACACUGAAGAAAGAGUUUGGAGGAGGUCAUAUCAAAGACGAAAUGUUUGGCACAGUCGAGGAGGACCUGUGCUUCCAGGGUUACCUGCGACACAUGUCCUCCUGCUCCUCUCCGGCUCCUCUCACAGCAGCCGAGCAGGAAUUACAACGAAUUAAAGUCACGGAGGUCAAGUCUAAACACCUGCAGGUUACAAUGGAGUUUGGCUUAGACAAAAGGGCACAGACUCUUCAGGGUCUUGCAUUCCCGUUACAAGAAGAGGCCAAACAAGCUCUGCAGCAACUCAAGCAGAAGCGCAUCAACUACAUACAGCUGAGGCUGGAUGUAGAGAAAGAGACCAUUGAGCUGGUUCACACCAAACCUACAGCGACCCACGAGCUUCCCUACAGGAUCCCCACAGACACACCCAGAUACCACUUCUUCAUCUUCAAACAUUCCCACCAGGGCCAGCUGCAGGAGGCGCUGGUGUUCAUAUAUUCAAUGCCUGGGUACACCUGUAGUAUCAAGGAAAGGAUGUUGUACUCCAGCUGUAAGAACAGGCUACUGGAUGAGGUGGAGAGAGACUACCAGCUGGAGGUCACCAAAAAGAUGGAGAUAGACAGCGGUGAUGGCCUGACAGAAGACUUCCUGUACGAGGAGGUCCACCCGAUGGAGCACACCUUAAAGCAGGCCUUUGCCAAGCCGCGUGGACCAGGAGGCAAGAGGGGCAACAAACGCCUCAUCAAGGGUGCGGGGGAGAACGGGGAAGAAAGUUAGACGCUAUACACACACAUGUUCAAGCACACAAGCAAACCCACCCGAUAUCUAUGAAUUGACUUGUUAUUUGACUGUUUAGCUUCUAGCCACUCCUUCUUCAUUUUUACUCAAGAACAUAUAUUUCACACUGAAGAUAAAGAAAAACUAGAUCCAUCAUA